GUAUUUGGCCGUCUCUCUCCUCACGCGCGUGCUACUGACUACCACGACAGCAAUGUCUAUCCAAGCGCGUCGGUUGUUGACUCUGCCUCUGACUCUGCUCUUUUCUCCGCCCGGCACCAGUCUCCCACUCUCGCCCGCCUCUCCGCUAUGCGCAGCCUCCGGGGCCUCCUCGCCGUCUCCGGCCACCUCGCCGCCCGCCACGCGCCGCCGAGCGGCGCCGCCUCGUCUCCCCACAGCGUCCUCUUCGCCCGGGCCCUCCAGAUCCUCUCCCAGCCGGACCCCGUCCGCCUCCACAAGCUCUCGCCGCCCGACUCCGGGAUCGUGGAGCUGAGGCUGGAGCGGCCGGAGGCCAGGAACGCCAUCGGGAAGGAGAUGCUCAAGGGGCUGCGGAGCGCCAUGGACAAGGUGGGGGCCGACCCGACGGCCAACGUCGUGUUGGUCGCGAGCUCCGUGCCCAAGGUCUUCUGCGCGGGCGCUGACCUCAAGGAAAGGAGGUUAAUGGGCUCUAGUGAAGUUCGGGAAUUUGUUAAUUCCUUGAGAGCUACAUUCUCAUCCUUUGAGGCACUCCCCAUUCCUACAAUAGCUGUUGUUGAAGGGGCUGCUUUUGGCGGUGGGCUAGAGUUGGCUCUUUCAUGUGAUCUUCGUAUAUGUGGGGCGAAUGCGACGUUUAGCUUGCCAGAGACCGGCCUUGCUAUUAUUCCUGGAGCUGGAGGAACGCAGCGUCUUCCUAGGAUUGUUGGAAGAUCCAGAGCAAAGGAACUGAUAUUCACUGGUCGUAGAUUUGAUGCGACAGAGGCUGUAAAUAUGGGAGUAGUGAACUACCGAGUUCCUGGUGGUGAGGCUUACCAAAAGGCUCUUGAACUUGCCCGGGAGAUAAAUCAGAAAGGCCCGCUAGCGAUAAGGAUGGCCAAGAAGGCGAUCAAUGAAGGGAUGGAGGUAGACCUGUCCUCCGCGUUGGCUGUCGAAGAAGAGUGCUACGAGCAAGUUCUGCACACCCAGGAUCGGCUUGAAGGUCUAGCUGCAUUUGCCGAGAAAAGAAAACCUUUGUACACAGGAAAGUAAGGCCGUUCUGAAGCCAGCCCUCUUGGCCUCUUAUCUCCUGAUGAUAUCCAGAAGGGUUGCAAGGUGUAUGCGGAUUCCUUUGGUGCACUGUAAAUUUCAGAUAACAAAGAUGCUUCUGGGAUGCUACAUUAUUUGCUGAUGGAUGUGCGCUACA